UUUAAAUGUGAUUCUCACUCUCUUUUAUUCCUCCUAUCCUUUUUUUUCUUUCCUUCUUCCCCAUCACCAUUCCUGCAUUUUUCUCUCUCUUGUGUUAGCUUUGCUUGAAUAUGGCUACAGAAAAUCCAAAGCCGGUAGAACCUCCAGUAGACAAACGCGAAUUCAUAAUACGCUUCCAAGAAAAAUAUGAAACAUGGCAUCAAAAACUCCAAAAGAAGAAAGAUACUUCUGAACAAGAAGACCCGAAGACGAAGAUGAUGGAGGAUGAUUCUUCUAAACAAGCAGAGUCGAAGACGAAGAUGGAGGAUGAUCGUGUGGAAACCUUCUCCGAGCUUCCGAAACACGAAAAUAAGAAGAACAAGGAAUAUGUAAUCCACGGUUUUGAGAACGAGAUCAAGUCGCUGGAGAACUUCUUGCUGGAUCAGAAGGUCUACAAGGAGUUCAAGAGUCUUGUGGUUCUUGGAGAAUACGGUGUGGGGAAGACAACAUUGUGCCAGGCGAUAUUCAACAAAUACGAAGUCAAGAGUGUUUACGCCCCGGGGAUUUGGGUUUCUAUGUACAGCAAAGAGGAGACAAAGGACGGAGAGGACAAGAAGAUAUCUCUGUUGAAGAGGAUCUUGAAGGAUCUUGGAGUCCAAGAUAAGGUGUUGGCAACCAUCAAGAACGAGGCUGUACAAGAAUUUCAUGAUUAUAAGGAAUCUGGCAACAAUGACGGAGAGACGAAGGAAGACAAGGAGUUCUUAGCUCUGCUCUAUGCGCUUCACUUGAAUCUGAGGUGGAAGAAGUAUCUGAUUGUGUUUGAUGAUGUCCGAGAAGAGGACUUGAACCAGAUUCUUCAAGAACAAGAUGUGGAGAAACUCAAAAAGGAUAAGAAAUGGGGAAAGCAUCUUUCAGAUGGAUUCCCUAAAGGGUCUGGUGGGAGAGUCAUAUACACCACCAGGGUUGAGACAUUGGCGAGGAAGCUAGUUGCAGAGGAACAUGAGAUUCAUCGUCUUUGGCCUCUGUCUGAUGAUCAGAGUGUCUGGAAUAUCUAUGAGGCAGUGAUUGAAGACCACGAUAAGGAACCUCCAAGGAACGACAAGAAAUGCAUAGAUGACCUGAUGAACAAGUCUCGUGGUCUUCCUCUGGCUGCUAAAUUGCUGGCCAAGCUUGAUCCUGUCUUCCUCGACGAUGAAGUUGGCCCCAAUGAUUCUACCGAUGGAACAACCGAAACCAACCAACAGGAUCCGCCUCUGACUAGUGGAUGAACUUGACUCAACCUCUUGGCUCAAGAUUGCAGAGCCGUGUCAGUGAUGGUUGUCAUCAAGCUUGCUUUUGUUUCUCUUGAUUUCUUCUUGUAUGUGUUUGUCUUUUUUUUUCUUGAUGUUGUCAGUUUGUCACUCUGCUGUUGUAUCAAUAAAUCAGAAUCUCUGAGAAGAGUUUCUUGAAAGGAACAAUGUUUCUUUGACCU